AUGAUAAUCAACAUAUUUUCAGUCAUGUUGCUCCAAGACUGCUCAUUCAUCCUCUACCAGUACGUGAGCAUCCUCAAAAUAAGCAAGAACUUCACUGGGAAGGAGAUCUCCAGCAAAAUCAUCCCAUUCUUCUACUACACCACACUCGCAAUCAUUCCGUUCGUUUAUACUACGCUAAUCACAAUCAACCUCUACUACUUCUACAUGAUGACCGUUCUGCUUCCAGCAGCCGUACUCUUUCUGGUCUUCUUUUCUCCAAAAUACAGGGCUGUUGGAAUUGAGACGAAUCUGUCUCCUACACCGGCACAGAUGAAAACAAAUCCAGUAUCAAUGACCAUGGCUCGUCUUGCAUACGUCGUUGGAUCCAUCAGUGAAAUAUUCAGGUCCACUCUACGAACAAUCACGCCAAAAGUGGGCCAGAAGAAGCAGGACAGAAACUACCUUCUUUGGUACAAACUGCAGUCAGAGGGUCUCAAGGCCCUUUGCACGUGGGUGGCCCAAGACAUCUUCUUUGAAACAGGAAAUUUCAGGCUGAUUUACGGAUUGAGCAUUGGAACCAAUGCAAUUGCGUUUGGGUGGAUUCUGCUAGGAGAGAAGACGAAGAGUGCAGCAAAGAGCACGAGUCUCAUGGAGAUUGUGAGAGGAGUCAGAAACGCAUUCAGUCUGCUCAAUGAUAAAGAGGUGAUCAACGAGGUAUUCAUCGUAGUAGGAAACACAAUGAAGAUAUUUGUGGGGCUAUUCAGCAACUCAAUACUCUUUGAAAUAGAUAAGGACGUGAAAGAAAGAGAGAAAGAGAAAAAGGGUGAAAUUGAGACUGAGACUGAGACUCGUAGUAGAAAUAGCACUGGUAACAGAGUAGCAAUGGGGAUAAACUACUUCCUGUACAAAACAGUCAAUUUGGUAUCCAGGCUCAUUCUGCUUCUCACACUUCACAAGGUGGGCCAAAAGGGAGAGGACAGGAAGAAGAUUCUGGGCGUAGGAUACGUCAUAGGGGCUGUGAAGAUGACCAGUACACUUUGUGCUGCCCUACUCUGUGAAUUCGUAUUCAAGAAACUCGAUGGAUACAACUUGCAGUUCUACAGCUUCCCAGUGGUUCUGCUUGUCUUUGGCUUCUUCAUCAAGGCACCAACCAGGUUCAUAGGAAAUGCAAUGUACUUCAUGACGUCACUCACCCUCGCCAUCAAUGACUCAUUCAGCAGAGACGUCCUCCUCAAAAUGAAGAACAUCAACCUCUUCGCCUGCUUCAACCUCUUUAUGGUUGGACUGAUCUCAUCAGUGAUCAACUUCACCACUGGAUACCUGAAUAUGGGAGUUAGGAGGAAGUGUAUGGUCUACCUCUUUGGUGGAGUAGGAGUGUACGCACUGCUGGUGAUCUGUAGGCUACUAUCAAAUUGA